AUCUACAAUUGAAAUAUUGAAAUUGAAAAUGUCAGCUGUUGGAUAAAUGGCAUAAAUGUAAUCAUUAGCAAAUUUUGAUGAGAUUUUUCUAAAAUAAAGAAAAAUGACCAUCACCGACGACACGUGUUUGCCCACCGAAGAAGAGCUCACAGUUCAAGAGAUCAAUCUGACUGGUCCCGUCCUAAAAUCGGCAGGGUUUCACUUGGGAAAGGCCUGCGAAUCGGAGAAUAAUGAAUUUAUAUUGUGCCGGUACGAGUUACAAGAUCCCAGAAAGUGCAUUAACGAGGGCAAAGCAGUCACGAACUGUGCCUUGAAUUUCUUCAGGAAAGUCAAAGGAAGUUGUUUCGAAGAGUUUACUCAGUACGCAAACUGCGUAGACAAGUCUAGCACCGAUCAGAAAUUUACACCAUGUAGAAAAACUCAGGGAAUCUUCGACAAGUGUAUGAAAGAUAACUUGGGUAUAGAUAGACCUCCUUACGACUAUUACAAUCGUGUUCACGUGCACAAAACCCUCAGACCUAGGCCUGAGAAGGAGCCUUUACCUGUCUAUCCCGAUGCUGCUCCAGCACUGCCUCCGGAUGCAGAAAAGCCACCAGCGAACUACGGAUAUCGUUGGUUGUUCUUCUGGUAGAUGUUUCAACAGAUUUUUUUUAGUACAGUGAAAAAGUGUAGAAUAUGAUUAAAAAUAAAUUAAUUACUAAUAAUA